AUGCGUUACUCCACUCUCACUGUUCUCGCCAUCGCCCUUCUUACCGGCAAUGCCUUGACUGCCCCUACUCCUCAGGGUGGUGCCGGCGCCAUCGGAGGCGGUAACAUUGGCGGAGGCAACAACAACGGAGCCAACAACGGCGGCGCCGGAGCCGGAGCCAACAACGGCCAGAACCAGAACAAUGGUCAGAACCAGAACAACGGCCAGAACAACAACCAGGCUCCUCCUCCUCCCGCCAACAACAACAACAAUAACAACAACAACAACCAGGCCCCGCCCCCUGCCAACAACCAGAACCAGAACCAGCAGCAGCAGGGCAACAACAACGCCGCCGCGAACAACGGUGCCAACAACAACGCUGUGAACAACCAGGCUAACGGAGCCAACGGAGCCACCGGAGCUGGCCGCAACACCGCCGGCAAUGGCAACUUCCGCCGCGCUGCCCCGAACCAGCAGCCUCCCCCGCCCCCGGCCAACAAUCAGACUCCUCCUCCUCCCAAGCCGAACCAAGCUCGUGCUGCUCCCAACCAGCAGCCCCCUCCUCCUCCCGCCAACAAUCAGACUCCUCCUCCUCCCAAGCCGAACCAAGCUCCCCAACCAGGCGCGCCCGCGCUGCUCCCGGCCAGCAGCCCAACCAGCAGGCUCCUCCCCCUCCUGCCAACAACCAGACUCCUCCUCCUCCUAAGCCCAACCAGGCUCGUUCCUCCCCCUGCUGCCAUCUAG